UGUGUAACACUUACAUUUCCGAUAACCUUAAAGUAGCAGUGUUUGACAGAAUGCUGUCCUUGGCUAAUGGCUAACCUAGCUAGCUAAAAACAAAUAACAAAUACGACGCCUCUACAGCUGAGUGUUUUGAAGUUCGACGUCCUCUCAGGUCACAGCUGUAGGUUGAUCUAAUGUCCUUUAGUUCUGGUGAACAGCGGGGUCAGUCUCCAGCUGCCCCACCUGCCAAAGCCCAGGACCUGUUGAACAACUCUGGGCAAAAUGUGACAGCAGAGAACGCAUGUGUGGACCAGGUGUCGCCUGCUUUGGAUGAAGCCUCUCCUGGUUCGACUUCACCCUUUGAGAUGCUUGACAUGGAGCCUGUCCCUCCUCCCUACCAAAAGGUGCAGCCUCACUGGUUCUUCUGCAAACGGGCCGAUGACAACACCCUCUGGUUCCCUUUUAGCAGAGAAGACUCAGACAAAUUAGAGAAUGCAUACAACACAGGAGACGAUGAAUGUGAGGUGGUAGUGGCCGUUGACGGGGAACGCUAUGAUGUACAUGUCAAGGAGAGGAAGCGCUAUGCUAUAUACUGGGAACAAGCUACGACUGAAGUCCGCCGCUGCACUUGGUUCUACAAGGGAGAUAAAGACACCAGGUUCAUGCCAUAUCCUGAAGAUUUCAGCAACAGUCUGGAGGAUGCCUAUAUGAUCGCUGUUACCUUAGAUGAGUGGAAAAGGAAGCUGGAUUUUCCCACAGGAGAGACUGUCAUUUUACACAAUCCCAAGCUGAUAAUGCAUUAUCAGCCAAUAGGCACGCAGGAAGAUUGGGUCUCUUCUCCAUCAGAGCAGACCCGUCCUAGAACAGUCAAGCGAGGAGUUGAAAACAUCGCUGUGGAAAUACCAGAUGGUGAACCAGAAAAGGUGGACCACCUUGUAUUUAUGGUUCAUGGCAUAGGUCCAGCAUGUGACUUGCGCUUCAGAUCUAUAAUACAGUGUGUGAAUGACUUCCGUAGUGCUUCACUGUCCCUCCUGGCCUCUCAUUAUAAGCAUGCUCAGUUGGAGGGCAAGGUGGGCAGAGUGGAGUUCCUUCCUGUGAACUGGCACAGUGCUUUACAUGGGGAUGCUACUGGUGUGGAUGAGGAUAUUAAUAGGAUCACUCUGCCAAGCAUCAGCAGACUGAGACAUUUCACAAAUGACACCUUGUUGGACCUGUUUUUCUAUAAUAGUCCCACCUACUGUCAGACCAUAGUGGACACAGUAGCUUCAGAGAUCAACAGGCUACACACGCUCUUUAAACAGAGACAUCCAGAGUUCAAGGGGGACAAUUCUGUUGUUGGCCAUAGCCUUGGUUCACUGAUACUGUUUGACAUGUUAACCAACCAGAGAAGUGGUUCAGAAUCUCCCAGAGACGAGGUUCUGUCUGAUGACCCCUGUCAUCCAAAACAUGACACACUCGAGCAGGCUCUCACCAGACUUGGCCUGCAGCAAUACCUGCCUACAUUACAGGCAGAAAACCUGGACUUGGAAUCACUGGCUCUUUGUCAAGAAAAUGAUGUCAAAGAUUUAGGAAUUCCCCUUGGACCUCGGAAGAAGAUCCUGAAAUAUGUCAGGAGGAAAUGUUUUUCAGAGGAUUACAAAGCAACAAGGCAGCCAAAAGCCAAAAGGCAAGAUCCACCUCAAGGUUCUCUCAACAGUGAGGAGAAUGGUAAUCCGUCACCAGGAUCGGAGGCACAGAAGGCCCAGUUACACAGAACACAGUCCAUCACCAGUUCCGUAGACUAUGAAUAUUUCAACAUGGGCAUCGGACAGACCAGUGAAGGCAUAGCCAAGGGACAGGUAUCCAUCAACUACCCGCAGCUGGCAUUCCACCCGCAGACAUUUUUUGCAUUUGGAUCUCCCAUUGGAAUGUUCCUGACUGUCCGAGGGCUUAAACGUAUCGAUCCCAACUACAGCUUCCCAACCUGCAAGAGCUUUUAUAAUAUAUAUCACCCGUUUGACCCUGUUGCUUACCGGAUUGAACCCAUGAUUAUUUCAGAAGUUGAUCUAGAGCCAAUGCUAAUUCCACACCAUAAAGGCCGUAAGAGGAUGCACUUGGAACUGAAAGAAAGCUUGACCCGCAUGAGCAUGGAUCUGAAGAACAAUGUACUGGGAUCAUUGCGAUCAGCUUGGCAGUCUCUUGCCAGACUACCUGUUGCUGCACUGCCCCCAGUGGAAGAAGGAGAAACUACAGUAGAGGGAAACUCUCAGGAGAGACAGGCCUCGGAUGCACUUUGUGCUUCUGCACAGAGGGAAGAAAAAACUGGUGACUUUUGGACAAAAGUAAUUGAUUGGCCCAGGGCCCUUCAUAGACAUUACUUCCAAGAAGCAGAGAAUGAGGAAGCAGAGUUGAAAGUGUCCAUGGAGCAGCCGGAGCAAGCAGAGCAGCCUGAGAUAAAAAUGGGAAUGUUGAAUGGAGGACGACGAAUUGACCAUGUGCUCCAGGAAAAGCCUAUAGAGAGCUUCAAUGAAUAUCUGUUUGCGAUCCAGUCUCAUCUUUGCUAUUGGGAAUCCGAAGAUACAGCGCUACUGCUGCUAAAGGAGAUCUAUGACAAGCUGGAUGUGACAUUUGAACAGCCGCAACAGUAAUUAGAAUUUUCUCAAUAAAUCCCACUUCAGGAGUGGGUACAUAAAUGACAAUUGACAAGGUUGUGUGAUCCUCUUCAAGAAUGCCUUAAUGCCUGCAACAGUUGGUCAGGUGAACUCAGGUUCUGUCAGUCAAUAUUUCAGUCACCACAUAAAUGGGGUUGGUGUCUUAUUUAUUGAUUCAGGCCUGCUAUGUGUUGCACUAGUCUGUCCUUUAAGCACUUCUUUGUUUUCUUACCUUGCACUUUUACUGUUUUCAACAUGUCAUGCGCACAACUACAAGCGAAUAGUACAGAAUUUGUCAAAACUUGAAGUUUAGCAUAAGUAGAAGGAGGUCAAACUCUCUGAAGUGACAAUUCCCUUAUCCUAUUAGCCUUACCAAUAGCUAAAUAGCAAUGAUGUUGUUUUGGUUGACUGAAAUAGUUUUUUAGAUAUUCAGGCACCAUCCCAAAGAAACCAAAAGCUGCUACUCCUAUAAUGUGCAAUGUUUAGCUAAACUUUUGAAGUCGCUCCUUUUUCAGUUGAGCUUUAAUCAUUUAUUUCAGUGUCCUCAUAUUCACACACACACGUGUGAAGCAAUUCAACUUAAAAAUAUGUCUGUAGAUGUGUGCCGUACUGUCCUUGGCCACUUUGUAAUCUAUUUUAGCAUUCUGCAUUUUAUGAAGACAUUUUCCAAAUACAUCUCCAAAGGGCCAAAUCACGAUUUCUUCCUCUUCUUUUCAUCAAUGGACUGUACAGUUACAGUUUGUCGUAUCACAUGUACAGCAGUGUUGUCUUAGAUCCUCUCACCAUAUUCCAGUUCCCAUGUAGUUUAGAUAUUUAUGUAAAGUAUGUGCAGCAGUAUUAUCAUUACUUGUCAUAUUCAUUUGAGUAAGAGCUCAAUCACCAACAAUACACAUUUGAAGUUAAUCAAAUAUUUGUUUAUACAGUAUCUAACAAAUACUCAGUCUGCAUCCUGCACAAUUUUAUCAACCAAAAAUUGGACUGAUGCCAUCUUUUCAACACCACACACAUACCAGUAAAACAUUAUCCCUGAUCUUCAUCUCACAUACCCACACAUUUUGAAACAACAAACUGUACUACACUUUCCCAAAAAUCACUUAUUUACUUGACAUCUCAGCUUAUACCAUGUGAUCAUAGUGUUAAUGGUCAUACACACAGAAAAUAUUAGCUCUUUUUACUUCUUGUGUGUGUAAUAAAUCCAUGUCUUGUAUUCCUUAAAUGUCAGUAUUUUUAUUCUUCAUUUGAACUGUAUACAAAAUACACUGAGUGAAUCUAGGAUGUGAACUUUUUUAAGUAGUCAGAUUGGCCUUUGAGUGUGUAAAACAAUCAGAAUACUUAACCCAAUGUGUGAAAUUGACAUUUUUAAAUUCUAAGUUGACAGCUUUAGUAAUUAAUAAGGUCAUGUUAUGUUUAACCAGUAUAUUGAAGCUUUUCAACUGCAAUAGUUUUAAUGCAAAAAUAUUAUUGUUAUCAAUGAAUUUUGUUAUAUAAAAAUGCUGUAAUACAAAAAACAUGAUUUCUUCAUUAAGCAAAUUACAGGUAUUUCCUUGCAUUACUGUAGAGGA